UCACGGAUGUCGGAUGAGCCAAUUCCACAAUUUUUAAGUCCAUUAUCCUUCACCUUAAAGUCUCGUCUCUUCACCUCGGUUUGGUAACUAAAAUGGAGCUCAACUUCAUUGAUUCUUCUAACUUAGUAGGUUUUUCAUCAUCAUUUUCCAAAUCUAAUUUCAAUGUCAUAGUCCCGUUAAAUCCAUCAAAAACUUCAAAAUUUCCAUCACAUUUCUUAGUGAGAAUGGGGAAAAAGAAUAGUAAUAAUAAUAACAUUGAGACAUCAAAAGGAUUUCAUCAAAAAGAGUAUUCAAAGGGAAAUCUUUCUAGAAUUCUUAGAACUGAAGCUGCUGUUAAAGGGAUUGAAAAGAAAGCAAAUUCUCAGAAGUUCACUAAUCUCUCUCCCAAAGCUGUCUUGGAAGCUUUAGAUGAUUCUAUAGCAAAUAAUCAGUGGGAAUCUUCUCUUAAGAAAUUCGAACUACUCCGUAGGCAACAGUGGUAUGAGCCAAGAACCCAAACUUAUGCGAAGUUGUUGACGAUGCUGGGGAAGUGCAGACAACCUAGGGUUGCUAGCUUGCUUUUCGAAAGGAUGUUAUCUGAAGGACUCAAACCGACAAUUUAUGUUUAUACUUCUCUAGUAGGUGCUUAUGGCCUUGGUGGUCUCUUCGACGAGGCAUUUCAAACCAUUGAUGAGAUGAAAUCUGUUUCUAAUUGCAAACCAAACAUUUAUACAUAUUCAAUAGUUAUUAACUGUUGCAUGAAACUCCGGCGCUUUGAUUUAAUUGACGGUAUACUCGGUGAGAUGUCAUACUUGGGAAUUGGCUGCAGUACAGUUACUUACAACACGAUAAUUGAUGGAUAUGGGAAGGCUGAGAUGUUUGAACUUAUGGAGAACACGCUGACAGAUAUGGUCGAGAGUGGUAGAUGCUUGCCGGAUGUUUUCACCUUGAAUUCUGUCGUAUGGGCUUAUGGGAAUGUUGAAAGAAUUGAGGAGAUGGAGCGAUGGUACGAUGAAUUUCAGCAUAUGGGAGUCAGUCCAGACAUAAAGACAUUUAAUAUCCUUAUAAAGUCAUAUGGCAAAGCAGGCAUGCAUGAAAAGAUGGCGUCUGUCAUGGAGUUUAUGGAGAAGAGAUUCUUCUCUCCGACAAUUGUAACUUACAAUGUAGUUAUCGAUAUAUUUGGGAAGGCUAAGAACAUCGAGAAAAUGGAAUAUUUUUUCCUAACAAUGAAGUACAAAGGUGUUAAACCUAAUUCUAUCACCUAUAGUUCCCUGGUUAGUGCGUAUAGUAAAGCAGGGCUUAUAACAAAGAAGAUCGGCACAGUCAUUAAGCAAAUAGAAAAUUCCGAUGUAGUUCUAGAUACACCAUUCUUCAACUGUGUCAUCAGUGCUUUCGGCCAGGCUAGAGAGUUAAGUAAAAUGGAAGAAAUGUAUUUGAAAAUGAUCGAGAAUAAAUGCACACCAGAUCAUAUUACCUUUUCUACCAUGAUUCAAGCCUAUCAUUCCCUGGGCAUGGUUGAGGCUGCUCAAGAAUUGGAAAUGAAGGCACUCGAAACGAAAAACAGUUUAGUAUCUUUAUCAAGAACUAGAGCUCAAACACGAGUCUGAGCUUGCUGAAAUAAAAGGAGAUCAAACACGAGGAGUUUGAAAUUGAUGGCUGUUCUCACAAGGGGUAAAAUGAAAUUGGAAAAUGGGGUUGUAUGUAAGAAGGUGAAGGUUAGAUGUCUAAUUGUUGGUGUUUUGCUAGAAGAAAAUCCAGCAACUAUACUCUAUCAACUCGAUUUUCUCGACUCAGACAUAUACAGUAGGUAUGUAUCUAGCUAGUGGGAAUCAUGAGAGCAAGAACAUGAGAAAGAUUUAUGGUUUUGAAGGCGAGGUUAAAUCGAAGUUGAGUGGGACAUUUGUUGAACUCUUCCCCGAAGUGUUCUGUUCUUUACCCUUAGCACAUGUCUUGAGUGGCAGUGAUUUCAUUGUUUGUGGAUGGUAUUUUAGUGUUGAUGGGAUGAAACUUUCUGACAUUAGGAAAAUUCAUCAGUUUUGUGAACCUGGGGAGGAAGGUUGGACGUUGUCAUGCAUUGAUAAAUAUUAUCUCAGUUGGCUUGACAAAGCUCGAUAGGAAGUUAUUAAAUGGCACGUUCCAAAUAAGAUGAAUUGCAUUUACUCGAGGUGUAUAAUAUGCAUUUUACAUGUAUUUCCUCAGGUUUUAUGUGUCAACUGCUAUAUAGUGAUCCACAAUCUCUUCCUGCUCGAGGCCCCAGCAAAUGAGGUGUAGGUCUUUCUUUUGGUGAUAACAUCACAAUGAGAUUCCUGCAAGAGAACAACUUAGUGAGGGAUGAAGGAUAUGAAAUCGAGCAUGGUGGUAAACUUAGUACUGUACUGUUUGCUCCAAAAUUACUGUGGCUAAGUGGCUAAUAAAGGUGCUUUUAUAAGGUUUGAAGCCUCUGGUAUGAAGCCAAAUAUCGUUAGUUUCUCUGCUUUGUAUCACCUAGAUGUCAAUCCGAUGGCAUAGCCGCUUCCUCUGGAUGUUCUCUUGAGAUGCUGUUCUCUUUCUUCUGUUCUACUAAGUUACUGAGGCAAAAGUUCUCUAUAGGCAGGGAAGAAGAGUGACAUUGGGUUUGGAACGCAGCAAAAGUUGAGAAGUUGGUGCAAGAGGCCACGAGAAGAGUCUGUAAACAAGUUCAGCUUGUGUGCAAGUGGCAAGAGCUAGGUUUUUUUUUUCAUGAUAACAAAGUUCACUUUCUUACCGUAGUCCUGCUAACCAUUUUACAGUUGGGUGAUUUGUACUUUAAUGUCCCUAGGUUGGAGAAGCUCCUUCUGAUGCAAGCAAAUCUGCUUGUAGAAUGUGGAACUUAUUUUCUCCCGGCAAGUUUGAGGCCCACUUCAACUAUUUGAGGCCCUAUUCAAAGUUAAAAUAUGAUCGUUUUGAAGUAAUUAAAAAAACGCCUUAUCCACCUAUUUUUGUUAAUGGUUAAUGUGUUCUUGAUUAAUUAGUGUCGAUUAAAU